AUGGAUUCAAGUAAUUCUCAGGAUGAUUCAUAUUAAAAAGUAAAUAAAAUUGUCUAUUAAGGAUUCACUAAUCGAUUUGAUUUUAAAACAAAAAAAACCUGCAUGUUAAGAAAAUGAAAAAAUAUUGAUAGAUUUUUCUAAUUCAAUCAUGAGCUUGGGUAUGUAUAAGAAACCAAAAUAAAUUUACAUUGAAAAUACACAUCACACAAAAGAAAUUUACAUAUCUAUGAUCAAAGGUAAAAUAACUAAAUUAUUUAAGAGAUUAAAGAUCAAUAAGUCUUUUAAGUUAAAUAGAUCUCUUGAAAUAGGAAUAAAAUUAAAAAAAAAUAUCAUAAAAUAGUUUGCUUUAAAGUGAAGAUUAAUAAAUUGAAGCAAAAGUGCAAAGAAUAAUCAACACAGUGAGAAGAAAAAGUUGCCUUUGUUCUAAUUGUGGAUAAUUAAGUGAGUUUGAGAAACGGUCAAAUACAUAUUAAGUAAGAACUUAGCAUCAAAUCAAUUCAGAAUUAAGAUUAAUGAAAUAUAAUACAAGAAAAUAAAUUAGGUAGUAAUCUUUAAUUAAAAUGCAUAAAAUAGAAUAAUUAUAAAGCAAAAAAAUUCAUAUCUCAAGUUUGUCAACUCAGAUUGAGAAUUAAAUGCAAUUUAAUCAAAAACCUGUUUUGGUUGUACCUACUAUGGUUGAUUUUAAGAUAGAUUUUAAAAAGAGGAUGACUCCUAAACCAGUUAUUUUAAAGUAAUAUCUUCCUGCAUAGAAAAAUUAUUUUGUAAAUCAGUAUCUUAUAACCACAAGAAUUAAAACAAAUUAUACUCCUAUUUAAAAAAUUCUUCCUUAACUUCAAGCAUUUACUUAAAGUAGAAAACAUCUUUUUCAGAAUAAAGUCGAUUGA